AUUGUCAAGAUUAACUUAGUUGCAUUAUUGAUUAGUGAUUACCCUCUUCCAAAUGAUCAACACUACCUGAAUUCACGUUCAGAGUUUUAAUUAUUCAAACCUGAAAAAGAUGAGAACUCUGUAUAUUCUCACAUCUUUAUGGAUACUCGUUUCACAAAACUUGCAAACUUCCAUGUGUAUAGAUACCUUGAAACCCAACCAAAACUUCACUGAGGGCUUGACCUUAAUCUCCUCCAACCAAAGAUUUGAAUUUGGCUUCUUCACUCCUGGUAAUGGUUCUUCUGGUUCUCGAUAUCUUGGAAUUUGGUAUCAUAAUCUUCCUCUCACAGUGGUUUGGGUGGCUAAUAGAAACAACCCUGUUCGUGAUUUACCUGGAAAGGUAGUUUUACUCGAAAAUGGAGUUUUAAUCCUUUAUAAUCACUCAUUGGCUACUGUUUGGUCAACCAAUAACUUACCCAUCAAAAGUACUUUCAGUCCCGUUCUUCAGUUAUCAAACUCCGGUAAUCUUGUAAUUAGAGAUGAUGGGAGAAACAACACCAUUUUCUGGGAGAGCUUUGAUUUUCCAACUGACACAGUUUUAUCAGAUUUGAAACUGGGGUGGAAGUUAGACGUUGGAUUACAAAGGUUGAUUAGAUCUUGGAAAAGCAUUGAAGAUCCUUCAGAUGGUGAGUAUACGUUUAGUCUUGAUCCACCGGAAGCACCACAACUUGUUCUUCGAAGUGGUUCACGAAAACUUUUCAGAUGGGGUCCGUUUGAUGGGACCUCGUUUAGUGGUAGCACUACCUUGACUAUAAAUCCAUUGUUCCAGUCUACAUAUGUUUCAAAUUCUGUAGAGCUCUACUACCAAUAUGAAAUGUUGGAUGAAUCCGUUUUGUCUAGACUUGUAGUUUCACCCUUGGGUUCUCUUCAGUAUUUUACAUGGAGGGUUAACAUCAGUAAAGAAUGGAACCUUUUGGUAUCAUUCAACACUGAUCCUUGUGAUAGCUAUGGAAAAUGCGGCUAUUAUGGGAUUUGUUAUUCACUAAGUAGUUGCAAGUGUUUGAGUGGGUUUACACCCACUUCGCCACUCGACUGGGGUUUAUUUAGCUACUCAGGUGGGUGUAAAAGGAAACACGAACUGGAAUGUGGACAUGGAGAUGGAUUUGUGAAAUACGAUGGGUUGAAAUUUCCUGAUAAUCCAACUGUUUGGUCAAAUUACACGGAUCAUGAAUGUGGAACAAAAUGUUUGGAAAAUUGUAGUUGUAUGGCUUAUGCUAACGUUAAUGUUUACCGAAAUGGUAGUCUAUGUGUGGUGUGGAUUGGUGAUUUGAUUGAUAUGAAGAUCUUUCCCAAUGGUGGAGAGAAGAUCUACAUACGAAUGGCACGCUCUGAAUUACAAUCCAUUGCUGAUGCUAAGAGGAAACGUGUAACAGUCAAGGUCGUCAGCAUAGUUACAGUCCUUGGAUCGCUGCUUCUAUUCAGUGGUGCAGUAUGGUACCUCAGUUGGAUAACCAGGGUAAAAAGAAAAGAUGGAAUAACUCAGAACUCUAAAGGUCAACGAAGUGGGAGUUUUCAAUACAUGGAAGAUAACCAAGAUGAAGGAUUUCAACUGCCUAUCUAUGAUCUUGAUACCAUUUUACUUGCAUGUAACAAUUUUUCUGAGAGAAACAAGAUUGGACAAGGCGGUUUUGGUUCUGUGUAUAAGGGUCAAUUAUCGAAUGGGCAAGAGAUAGCAGUUAAGAGGCUUUUAGAGAAGUCGAUACAAGGCGUUGAAGAAUUAAAGAAUGAAUUAAUUUUGAUCGCAAAGUUACAACAUCGUAACCUUGUCAAACUUUUGGGUUGUUGCAUUGAAGGUGAAGAAACCAUGCUGGUGUACGAGUAUUUGCCUAAUAAAAGCUUAAACAACUUCAUUUAUGAUAAACCUACUCGAAAACAACUUAUUUGGAGGAAGCGUUACCACAUAAUUAAGGGUAUUGCACGAGGUUUACUUUAUCUUCAUCAAGACUCAAGAUUGAGAAUCAUUCAUAGAGAUCUAAAAACAAGCAACAUAUUACUGGACAGCGAGUUGAAUCCGAAAAUAUCAGACUUUGGCAUUGCUCGUAUAUUCGGAUCAGACCAAAAACAAGACAUGACAAAGAGAAUAAUAGGGACUUACGGUUAUAUGUCUCCAGAAUAUGCAAUGAGUGGUCAUUAUUCAGUGAAAUCAGAUGUUUACAGCUUUGGUGUUAUUGUGUUGGAAAUUAUAAGCAGCCAGAAGAAUUGGUCCUUUGAUCAUCCUGAUCACGAUCUUAACCUUUUAGGACAUGCAUGGAUGCUUUGGAACAAAAGACAACCCUUAGAUAUACUAGACCCAACUAUACAAGAUCCAUCUUGUGGGGAUCAAAUUAUAAGAUGCAUCCAUGUUGCCCUUUUGUGUGUGCAACAAUAUCCUGAAGACAGGCCAAAAAUGUCCACAGUCUACGCCAUGUUGAGUUAUGAAGACAUAGAGCUACCCGAACCUAAGGAACCCGGGUUUUGCAGGGAGACUUAUAAAAAGAAGUGUGAUACAUCAGUUAGCGAUUUAACUUCUGUUAAUGAAGUUACUAUGACGACAUUGGGUGGACGUUAA